AUGAAUUCGGACGAUUUACCAGUCUAUCCGACUCCUCAGCAGGCCACUUAUGUGGUCGGUGGAAGCCAGCCAUCCCAUUCCCAGCCGCACCAUCAACAACAUGGCCAUCAGUCUCGUCGCGCCCAUGGUGGUUCCCAGAACCCUCAGAGACACCAAAACUCGGGCCAAAGUUACAAAUCGCAGCUGUCUCACUCGCUACCGGCUCCAGGCCCUUACUCGACGCAGCCUGGCCAAGCUUAUCUGUCUUAUCCAACACCUUCGCGUCCUGCUUAUCAGCAAGCUGCUCCACCUCCUCAACAGCCUCCGCAACAGCAAUACUACCAGCAAUAUGCCAAUGCUCCACCUCCACAACAGUAUUCUAAUCUGCUUCAGUAUUACCAGCAGCAGCAACAACCUCAGCAAGCUCCGCAGCCUCUGAACUAUAGACCACAGUACACACUGUCGCAGCCACAGCCCCAACCUCAACCGCAGGUUCAGGCUGCUCCAAGCCAGCCCCAGUAUGAUCAAUACAUGUCUCCUCCACAGAGCCAUGCGCCUCCGCCUCAGCAUCCUCAGCAACAGCAGCGCCAGGUCUCGCUGACUUCCACACUGAAGAAGGCUCCUCCUGGCCUGUGGACGGGUCAGAAUCGCUCUAAAGAGAAUGUCUCGGAGGGCUCGAAAAUGUCCAGUAAACAGAAGCUUGAAGCUGAAUUGCGUGCCACCUUCGAUAGGGUCGAUGUCAAUCAUCUGGGUAGAAUUUCCGCUAGAGAGUUGUCAAUGGCACUUCUAAACUUUGAUAAUACCCGUUUCCAAGAGUCUACAGUUAGGCUUAUGCUCAAGCUCUUCAGUUCGGGCUCUUCAACCUCGAAAGGCCUCAACUUCGACCAGUUCGUGUCUCUUUGGAAGUAUUUGACUGCUUACAAGAAGCUUUUCGUUGCCGCUGAUCUGAACAAGUCUGGUGACAUCUCUUUCGGGGAAUUCCAGAGAAUCCUCGAGCAAAUCGGCUACAAGCUCAAUGUGGACCUUGUUCUUCAUCUCUUCCAGAAGUUCAGCAAUAAGGAAUCUACAACAGACGGUACCUCCGUUGGUAAACUUAAAUUCGAUGCAUUUAUCGAAUUGUUAGUCUAUCUUCGGAAACUCACUGACAUCUUUAAGCAGUAUGAUAAGGAUCUUUCUGGUGUCGCGACCAUCAGCUAUCUGGACUUCCUUCUCGAGAUCAAACUUAAAGCUGUUGAGUUUGAUGCGGAGGGUAACCCAGACUACACCAAAUUGAUCUUAACGUCCAGAGUGUACGAUGUUGUUGACAAAGGUGGCUCUCCAUUGACACAUGCUGUUAAUUUGUCACAUCGUUGCAACGCUAAUGUGCAUUUAAAACGUGAAGACCUCUUGCCAGUCUUUUCCUUCAAGUUGCGUGGAGCCUACAACAUGAUUGCAAAAUUACAUUCUAAUCCAAAGAUCCCACUUAACGGUGUCAUUGCAUGUUCAGCUGGAAACCACGCUCAAGGUGUGGCUUACUCCGCUGCAAAACUCAAUAUUCCAUCUACCAUAGUCAUGCCCACUGCUACUCCAUCCAUCAAGUACUCAAAUGUCUCCAGACUUGGCUCCCAGGUCGUUUUAUACGGUGAAGAUUUUGAUUCUGCAAAACAAGAAUGUGCAAGGUUGAGUGAACUUGAUAACUUGACCAACAUCCCUCCUUUUAACCACCCUUACGUUAUCGCAGGUCAGGGUACAGUUGGUUUGGAAUUGACUACUCAGCUCAUCUUGGAUGAGUUGGAUGCCGUCUUCAUCCCAGUUGGUGGUGGUGGUUUGAUCGCUGGUGUUGCUGCUUACUUGAAGACAGUGGCUCCUCACGUCAAGAUUAUCGGUGUUGAAACCUUUGACGCUGACGCUUUGUAUCAGUCUUUGAAGAACAAGAAACUGGUGGAGCUCGACAGGGUUGGUGUGUUCGCCGACGGUACUGCUGUGAAGAUUCUUGGUGAUGAAACAUGGAGACUUUGUCAACAAUAUGUCGACGAAGUUGUCAGAGUUGAUACUGAUGAGCUUUGCGCAGCUAUCAAGGAUGUCUUUGAGGACACCAGACUGAUUGUUGAGCCAUCCGGUGCACUUGGUGUUGCUGGUAUGAAGAGAUAUAUUGCAGAUACCGCUGAUAAGAUUGACCACAAGAAGAAGACGUACGUUCCAAUUCUUUCUGGUGCUAACAUGAACUUUGACAGAUUGCGUUUCGUCAGUGAGAGAGCUGUUCUUGGUGAAGGAAGAGAGGUUUCCUUUGUUGUUUCCAUUCCAGACAGACCAGGUGAAUUCGUCAAGCUCCAGAAGCUCAUCCACCCAAGAUCCAUCACUGAGUUUUCUUACAGACUUGUGAAUGCUGAUCACCCAGCUAACAUUUUCGUCAGUUUCAACGUUCUUAACAAGUCCAAGGAGGUUCCAGCUAUCAUUGAAGCUAUGAAGGAACUUGACUUCACUGUUCUCGACAUUUCCAACAACGAAUUGGCCAAGACCCAUGGCCGUUACCUUGUGGGUGGUAAGCCCACUGACCAUACUCUCAAGCCUGGUCAAGAGAAAUUGUAUCAAUUUGAGUUCCCCGAGAGACCAGGAGCUUUGACCAGAUUCUUGGAAGCUAUGAAGGAUAACUGGAACAUCACUUUGUUCCAUUACAGAAACCAUGGCAAUGAUAUUGGCAAAGUUCUUUGUGGCUUUGUUCUCCCAGAGUCCGCCACCGAGGAGGAGUUCCACGCCUUCUUGGACCAAAUUGGCUACAAGUACAUUGAUGAGACGGAAAAUAUCAUCUACAGAAAGUUCUUGUGCAAUUAA